AUGUGCAAAUUAACCAUAACUACAUGCCAUGUUGAUGGCAAAGUGGGGACAAAAUUAGAGUAUGAUCACAAUGGAAAGCUGAUUAACCAAACACCAUGUGCCCGGCAGCAAGGCACCACAGUUUGUCUUUCCCAGUUGUUCUCCACUCUGCCAGUCAGACACAAGGAGUUCCAGAGGAAUCUGAAAAAGGAGUUCAGCAAGAUGGUGCAGGUGUUAAAUAGUUAUUGCAUUGUGGCAACUGGUGUCCGGAUCUCUUGUACCAAUGUCACUGAAAAAGGGAAGAAAAGUACAGUCAUCAGCACAAAUGGAAACCCAGGAAUGAGAGAAAAUAUCACAAAUGUGUUUGGGGCCAAGCAGUUGAACACUUUGAUGGACUUCACCCAGUGCCAGCCUGAAGAUGACACUGCAGAGGAAUAUGGUUUGAAAAGUACAAAUAAGAAUGGUUUGUUGAAAAUUACAGGGUUCAUCUCUAAAUGUGAUCAUGGUCUUGGCAGGAGUAGCACCGACAGACAGUUCUUUUUCAUCAAUAAAAGACCUUGUGAUCUCACUAAAUUAUCUAAAGUGAUCAAUGAAGUCUACCACAUGUACAACAGACACCAGUACCCCUUUGUGGCCUUGAAUGUGUCUCUUGAAAAGGUGUGGGACCUAGAACUCCCAUGA